ACCAGAUUUAUUAUUUAAAUCUGAUAAAUUCAUCAAUUUAAAAGCACCUUUAUUGGAAUUACUUUUAAAAAGAGAUGAUUUGUCAUUGGAUGAAAUUAUUAUAUGGAAUAGCUUGAUCAAGUGGUGCUUCUCCCAGCAUCCUACUAUUCAACAAGAUGUUAAUAAAUGGAAUAAGGAAGAAAUUGUAAUUAUGGAAAGAACCAUUCAUAGAUUUAUUCCGUUGAUAAGAUUCUAUCAUAUCCCCUCAGCAGAUUUUGUUACUAAAGUAUAUCCUUUUAAAGAAAUAUUACCAAAAGAUUUAAUUAAUAAUAUACUUGUAUUUCACAUGGCGCCAGAUGAGAAAUUGAAUGUGGAUGUACAAUCUCCCAGGAAACCAAAAUGUGUCUAUGAUUCUGUUAUCAUUAGUGACAAGCAUUUUGCAAUUUUUUCUAGUUGGAUUGAAAAUAAAAAUGAGUCUUAUUACAAUGUAAAUAAUAUUCCUUAUAAAUUCAAUUUACUUUAUCGUGCUAGUAGGGAUGGUAAUACAAUUGCGACAUUUCAUGCCAAAUGUGAUAAUAAAGGAGCUACUAUAGUUAUAGUAAAGAUUACAAAUUCGGAGCAAAUAGUUGGAGGAUACAAUCCUCUUUAUUGGGAUUCAAGUAACGGAUGGAAGCCUACAAGUGAUAGCUUUAUAUUCUCAUUUGCAAAUAAAGAUAACCUCCAAAGUGCAAAAUUAGGAUAUAGUAAUUAUGGUGAUCCGUAUUCUGUAUUUGGUGGGAAUGUUAACUAUGGUCCGUUGUUUGGUGGUGGACAUGACUUAGGUUUUAGUAACAAUAGAUGGUAUAGGAGUUGUAGCAGUUCUUAUCCCGAUGUAGGUAUACCGUUAAACAAUUUUCAAACGGAUGAUUAUGAAGUUUUUCAAGUUGUUAAGAAAUAAUCAAAUUUGUGUAUUCACGGCAUAUAGAUUUUAUGAUUUAUGAAUAACUAAAUGGGUUGAUUACACACUAAAAACGCUAAGCGUCAAGUGACUUCUUAUUAUCAGAAGAAUGAUUAAUUUAUAAUUAAAUUAGAAUUUUCAAUAUGAACACAUUAUGAAUUUGUAUUUAUUUACUAUUGAACUCGUUUCUUUGUAUAUUCAUAUA